UUUUUUUUUUUUUUUUUUACAAAAUAAUUGACCGGCUAUGUAAUUUAAUUCGGUUUAAAUUGACAAAUAAUUUAAUAAACAUAAAAAUAGAAUCUGACACUUGAAUGUCUUGUAUUUCAGGAUAGUUUUCGCUUAUUGUCAGUUUAUAAAUGGAUGAAUUAAAGGAAGGAUCCCUAAAGAAUGUCGACCAGGGCGAGUUAGGGGAGAAAAGUGUUGUCGAUGAAAUUAAAGAAGAGCAAGAAGAAGAAGAGGAGGACGAGGAGGACUUGCCCCACUCUGAAUUCCUUGACAUCUUUGAGGAAGGCCUGGCUCUGAUGGUGCAGGACCCUUUACUGUGCGACCUGCCAAUCCAGGUCACACUGGAGGAGGUGAACUCUCAGGUGGCUCUGGAAUACGGUCAAGCCAUGACUGUUCGUGUUUGUAAGGCUGAUGGAGAAGUCAUGCCUAUUGUGGUUGUGCAGUCUGCUACGGUUCUGGAUCUGAAGAAAGCCAUUCGCAGAUAUAUGGAGCUGAAGCAACAGCGAGAGGGGGGUGUCAAACACAUCAGCUGGAAAUAUGUGUGGAGGACAUUUCAUCUGGUCUUCAAUGCAGAAAAGUUAGAAGAUGACAAAAGAAAGCUUAAGGACUACGGGAUCAGGAACAGAGAUGAAGUGACGUUUUUGAAGAAACUGAGGAUGAAAUGAAUGGAGACAAUUGCCAGUUUUCUUUAAUAGGCCACAUUUGUAAAUAGAUAUUUAAAGGAAUUGUUUGCACAAAAAAAAAAAAAAAAAAAAACCCUCAUGAUGUUCUGUUCCAAACACUGUUUACUGCAAUUUUUUUCUGUGGAAUAACAACAACAACAAAAAGAUCUCUUUCUCUAUAUAUUUUUUUACAUUUUCUUUGUAGCCUUUUAAACUGUUAUUUUCCAUAGAAUAGCAACAUUUCAGUGACCUCCAGCUAUUGUCACCAUGAACCCCGAGUAAAAACGCUUUUGUAAAAACUUUGUUUAUUUCCUAAUCCUGUGAAGGUGGACACUUGUUAAAGCAAUUAUUGUAACAAGUAUCUUUAAUAAUUAUUUUUAGAAUACACUUUAUAAAGGCUGUCAUUUUUACUGAGACAGAAAGCCAAACCAUCACAUUUGCAAGCACAACACCUAGUUAUUAACAUCUAUACUUCCACAAAGCAGCUGAUUCACUGGAAGAACAUGUCUCCUAAAGUGCUUUAAAGUCAUAAUUGUUGUGUUUGAUGUUUAUUUUAUAUUGAUUAAAAGCAAUUAAACCUGAA